AUGCCCAAGGCAACUUCGCAGACGUUUACGCGGCAACACGGCUUGGCAGCGGCCAGUCGCCGCCCCGACAAGGAGAAGAAGGGGGAGAGCAGUGCGGUUGCUGGAGGCGCAAGGAACCAUCUGUUCAACACCGACCGGUUCGGACAGCAUAUUCUGACAAAUCCGCUGGUUGCGCAGGGGAUCGUCGACAAGGCCGAGCUCAAGCCCACCGACGUCGUGCUCGAAGUUGGUCCCGGAACGGGAAACCUGACUGUCCGCAUCCUCCCAGCGUGCCGCAAGGUCAUUGCGAGCGAGAUGGACCCCCGCAUGGCCGCAGAAGUGCAGAAGCGUGUACUUGGGACCCCUCAACAAAAGAAACUCGAACUGAUCCUCGGCGAUUUCAUCAAAGCCGACCUGCCCUACUUUGACGUGUGCAUCAGUAACACGCCUUACCAAAUCUCGUCGCCGCUCGUGUUCAAGCUCCUCAGUCAACGCCCAGUCAUCCGAUGCGCGGUGCUCAUGUUCCAGCGCGAGUUUGCGCUGCGGCUCUGCGCAGCUCCAGGGAGUAAGAUGUGGUGCCGUCUCGCAGCAAAUGUGCAGAUGUACGCGCGAGUCGAGCAUGUCAUGAAGGUCGGCAAGGGUAAUUUCCGGCCGCCGCCGCAAGUCGAGUCGAGCGUCGUGCGGAUCAAGCCAUUGGAUCCGCCGCCGGCCGUGCGGUUCGAGGAGUUUGAUGGACUGAAUCGCGUCGUGUUUUCGCGCAUGCAUAAGACGACAAGGGCAUGUUUCAAGGCCAGAGGAGUAAAGGAAAUGGUAGAGAAGAAUUAUCGCACUUGGUGCGCAAUGAGCGAAAAGAUUGUCGAGGACGACUUUGACCCGUGGGCACUCAUCGACGACGUGCUCUCCACCACGCUCGUCCCCGCAAAGACGCUCGACGAGGACGAAAUCCGCCCAGCAUACGGCGACAUGCGCGCUGCUCAGCUCUCGGGCAACGACCUGCUCGAACUCCUCGCAGCUUUCAACACCCGCGGCGUCCACUUUGCCUAA